AUGAAGCUCCUGAUUCUCGCUGCGUUUGCCCUGUUUUCCGUGGCCCGCUGUGAGGACGGCGCCAGGCUUCUGGCCUCCAAGUCUCUAUUAAACAGAUACGCAGUGGAGGGCAAAGACUUGACUUUGCAGUACAACAUCUACAAUGUUGGCUCCAGUGCUGCUUUAGAUGUGGAGCUGUCGGAUGAUUCUUUCCCCCCAGAAGAUUUUGGCAUCGUCUCUGGGAUGCUCAAUGUCAAGUGGGACAGGAUUGCUCCAGCAAGCAAUGUGUCCCACACUGUGGUUCUGCGGCCUCUCAAAGCUGGUUACUUCAACUUCACCUCUGCUACCAUCACAUACCUGGCACAGGAGGGUGGACAGGUUGUGGUUGGUUUCACUAGUGCUCCUGGGCAGGGAGGAAUCUUGGCUCAGCGUGAGUUUGACAGGAGGUUCUCCCCUCACUUUCUGGACUGGGCAGCUUUUGGUGUGAUGACCCUGCCCUCCAUCGGGAUCCCACUGCUGCUGUGGUACUCGAGCAAGAGAAAGUAUGACACCCCCAAGACCAAAAAGAACUGAGCAAAGCCAAAUGCCACCAGCACCCCCAGAGCUCAGGAAAGAACAAACGCUAACCCACCCUGAACAGCAGGUGGGUUGGAAUCGGCAACAGUCACCCCUGCAAAGCGCUGCCUGGGCUACGCUGCAGCCCUGUCGGCAAGAGGGGAUUGGCCGCUUCAACGGCAGUGAUGUGUUGUCUUCUACAUUUUGAAAAAGAAACGAGAAAAAAAAAAAACCAAACCCCAACCAAAAAUCCCAGACCCCCACAGCCAAACCUCCUUGUCUGCAUAUCCGGAGCAGAGACCGCUCGCUCCGUUGCAGACGUAGUGCCAGUGCAUCUGUGAUACGAACGUGUUAAUACCCAGAGGAGCUUGUUUUUGGGGGGGGGGGGCGCAGCUCCGCAGGGUUUCUGGCAUUUGUGCUCCCCUGCAGACUCCAUUCAGCCAAACGGCUCUUUGCCUGCUGCAGUCUUCUCGAAUGGAAUAAGCCUCGGGGCCCCCCUCCUCCAAGCGCUGCCCACCUUGCUGAAACAGCUGUGGGAAGGAGCUCCAUCUACUGACAAAAGCAGACCUCCUUUUUGGCAGAGCUUGUUGGAGCUGCUGCUUUGCUAGGUGGGGCACGGGAGGUCCCCGUUAAUGCUUGUUCUCUAGGAAGCCCUGUUGUAUUUUGGUGAGCAGUCGCUUGCCGUGUUUCUGUUCUUCCUGGUUGCUCUGUUAAGGGUUGAGGUGUGUUGAUGUACUGAGGAUUUUGUAAUAAAACGAACACCGUGGAAGAA